AUGUUUUGUUUCUGUAUAAUCUAUUCCACGUGCCUCCUUAUUGCCUCCUCUUUGCCUCCAUUGCUCCCUCUUCCUCAUUCUUUCUCUUUGCAUCCUCAUUGCCUACUCCUCACCUCCUCUUUCCCUCCUCUUUCCCUACUCUUUUCCGCCUCUUUCCUCCUCUUUCCCUCCUCUUUUCCUCCUCUUUCCCUCCUCUUCCCCUCCUCUUUCCCUCCUCUUUCCCUCCUCUACCCCUCCUCUUUCCCUCCUCUGUCCCUUCUCUUUCCCUCCUCUUUCCCUCCUCUGUCCCUCCUCUUUCCCUCCUCUUUCCCUCCUCUUUCCCUCCUCUUUCCCUCCUCUUUCCCUCCUCUUUCCCUCCUCUUUCUCUCCUCUUUCCCUCCUCUUUCCCUCCUCUUUCCCUCCUCUUUCCCUCCUCUUUCCCUCCUCUUUCCCUCCUCUUUCCCUCCUCUGUCCCUCCUCUUUGCCUCCUCUUUCCCUCCUCUUUCCUCCUCCUUCCCUCCUCUUUCCCUCCUCUGUCCCUCCUCUAUCCCUCCUCUUUCCCUCCUCUUUCCCUCCUCUUUCCUACGUCUUCCCCUCUUCUUUCACUCCUCUAUCCCUCCUCUUUCCCUGUACGGCGCUACGGCACGCCAUGCGAUACGAGUGCAACAGGGACCUGUCUCACAACCAGCUUUAUGGCAACUUCGAGAAUCUGCCAUCUUUCUAUUUCAAUGA